UGUUUUGCUGCUUCCUCGCGUAUUGCACAACCGGCGAGAUUUAAGGGCGUCCACCAUCCGCUCUUCCUUCCCCACCCAUCCCCACGUCCUGUCCUACUCGGAAAGUGUGUCUGUUAAGAAUCCGCUAGUCUUUUCUCCUCUGCACUCGAACCGGCAAAAGAAAGUAAAGUCUGAAAAAGCUAGCAAUUGUCGCUGGGGUGUUUAAGACACCACCUUCCACCUUAAGAAGGUCCUGGGACUUUGCAGAACUUUGCUGAACUGCGCCGCUUUUUUCCUCUGCUGGGUGGAGAGAGUUUUUCGGAGAGAGAGAGAGAGAGAGAGAGAGAGAGAGUAAAGCUCAUCUCCAGGAAAUGAGUAAAUGAGGGAAAAAAAUCGUAGUAACGCUACCCUCGUAGCUAAAAGCAACAGGCGUGUAGGAUGCUCAGAGAAGAAGGAAGUGCUUCAGACAGAGGUUUUGAUCGCAGUCGGCACGAAAAGUCGAAGCCUGAAACAAACCUGGCUUGAAAAAGCAGAUAAAGUGGUCUCUGUCCGUCGUUUAGUCAAGUAAAACGUUUGUUGCAAGACGCAGUAAGAUUUUAUUAUGCCGGCCGGAUUCUUCCGGGUAUGCUUGGUGGUAAUAACAGCUAUUAUCAACCAUCCACUUCUGUUCCCAAAGGAAAAUGUUACUGUUUUUGAAAACACAGAAGAAAUCAUUGAAAAGAUGAAAGAGCGUGAGGAGAACCUGAGGCUAGAGCAGCUGAAACUGGAGCAGGAAUUAGCAGCACAAGAGGUUUCAGUAGAUUCUUCAGAGGAGAAGACCGGACCAGAAAAACAAUAUGACCAUGAUUCACUUUCUUGGAAUUUCUGGACUGCUUUGUCCAUGAUAGUCUUCCUUCUGAUUGAAUUCUGGAGACAGGAUUACCAGGAAGGGAACUGGCAAGAUUAUACCAAAGAAGAUGAUGAAAUUAAUGUGCUGGGAAGAACAUUCAAGGGUUUUAUUCUACCAGACAAAGUCACAUUGGACAGUUUUUAUGAAAGAUGCUUCCAGAAUGUGACAAGUGAUAUUGCUAGGAACCGAGAGCUUGUGGAAGGCUUUGCAGAUGACUUAUUAGAAGCUUUGAGAAGCGUGUGUAACCGAGAUACUGACAUGGAAGUGGAAGAGUCUAUAGGAGUUGGAAGCAUGUAUGAAAACUGGAGAGCAAACAAGCCUUUCACUUGUGAUUUCAUUGUCCCCUUUAAUCCCCCAGAACCAUACUGUUUCCAAUUUGAGACCUGGUGUUCAGGGGAGUCUAUUCUACCAGACAAAGGAAGUUAUGGUAUGAUAAAGAUCAUCCGGGCAGAUGAGAACUCAUCAAGUUGUAUCUGUGAUAAAACUAAAUUGGGGGAAGAUUUACUUUGUCUGCUUCAUAGCAAAGUGAACCAAACUAGGCAGAGUAACCAUACGGAAGAUCUCCUUUGCUUCAAAGACACUCAGUAUCUUGAUUCUGACCAGGUUAUGACAUGGUUCCAGAUGGCACUUACCAAGGGAUGGAAUAAAAUUGCACACAAGUAUGAAUUCAGUCUUAUUUUUAAUCACCUGGAUACUCCAGGUGCCCUGAAAAUCAAGUUCAGGUCUGGAAAAACCAUCACAUUCAAUCUCAGGCCUGUGGUACAAUACGCAGAUUCUGAUGUAUAUUUUAUCUCUCACUUUCCAUUCAACAGCUUGGCACAGAGCUUCACCAGCAACACUCACUGGUUUCUCACCUUUACUGUGUAUGAGAAGAGAUAUAUCCAGUUUAUUUCCAAAACACUGCCUGCUAAUCCUUGCCACCUCAGUUGCCUCCAGAUUUUGUCUUUCCUCCAUGGAAAGCAGUGCAGUCUGACAGAACCUAGUAGCCUGACAAACUACCAUUUCAAAACAGUAAUGCUGCAUUUGCUACAAAUCCAUCCUAGUUCAGCGUGGACCUCUGACUGUCUGGAGGCCAGGCUGCAAGAUGUACUCAACUUUUUGGAGAAAAGCUUGCAAGAAAAAAGACUUUACCACUUUUUCAUUGGAAAUAGAAAUCUGCCACAGGAACUGGGUGUUCCAGUGGAGUUUCAAAAGGCAGAACCACUGAACCUUUUCCGGCCCUUUGUACUGCAACGAAGCACUUACAGAAAAGCUAUAGACAUGUUUCACGAGAUGCUUAAAAAUACAUCAGCUUUAAUUAAUGAAUAUUCCAUUCAUGUUCCAAAUGGACGGGCAACUCCACUAAAUAAAGAACUCUGACAGUUCCUUCUUUGACAGCUACCAUAUAUGCAAAUCUCCCCAUGGGAGAAGACAUAUACAUGUUUUAGAAUUUACAGAUAUCUGUAUGACAAACACCAUUCUCUUUUUCUUUCCAAUGAUCUUGGCUGAUAUUUAUGCAACCUUCAACAUUUUUACCACUGUGUAUUUCUUUGUUGUAAUGAGUUUAAGCAAGGAAAAACAUUUUUAAUUUAUUAUAUUACAGUUUUAGGAAUAUAGCGGAAUCUGUGUUAAGUGUUUUAUUAUUGCUGCUGUGGCAAAGUACCAUAGACAGACUGAAAAAGAGUGCCUUAUUUACAAGAUCUAACGGAUGAUGUACAAUUAAGUAAUAGAUCUUCAGUCUUGUUCCCUUCCCAUUGGAAUAAAACUCUACUGCCUGGAUUUUUUAAAUGUAAUUUUAAAUUAGUUUAGAUAUAUGUACAUGGUUACAUGGUUAUAUGUACAACACAUGUUCAGUAUAACUUUAUGCAUUUGACAGUGCAAUUCCAAAUUAUGCCUUUAGAAGCAUAUCCUACUAAAUAUGGAACAGCUUACUUCUAAGGGAUCUCAACUUAAAUAGGCUUGACAUAUUUGGAGUCAGAAACUCUUUAGCAGAUCCAACUUUGCUCAUCUUCACUGAAAUGAAUUCACCCCUUUAAAUCAGUAAGAAUAAUCCCCAAAUCUAUGUAAUAACAUAAAAUCAGGCUCCUGGAUAACCUUUCUACAUUGCAUGGAAUAUUACUUCUUCCAUGACUUGUGUGUCAUCCAAAUACCCUCUCAAAUGUUUCCUCUGAUUGCUUUAAUUUCCCUCAAAAAUACAGUUUGAAAGAACAAAAGCAAACAAAUAAUUCCCACAUGUAGUUUCAUUUAAAAACUGGCCAACAUCAUUUGGGGCCAUGCAUUUGUCUAGUUUGUACAGUGCAGGGUACAAACUAGGCAUUUGUUUUGUCAAAACCAGAAAUUCUAGCAAUAGGUUGCUGAUCUUGUAACUGAAGGUGGAGCAGAAAUGUCUUAUUUUUGAGCUUUGCCAGGAUUAUUAUCAGCCAAACACUUUUAAAAGAGCCCAUUCACUCGGAAGAUGGGACUUUGUUUUUGACUUUCUGCUCUCUGGACUGCAUUCCCUUUUAUUUCUUAGAUAAGAGGCUUGCUUUGCCACUCUGUUCCAGUGGCAAAUACUAAUUUUCAGAGGGAAAAAAGUUUUCUACAAUAAUGACCAAAUUGCUACUUUUGUGCAGCAAACUUCAAAGAAUAGUCUGAAGUGAAGACUGCUUAAAAACCAAAUCUACAUAAGAUUGAAUUAGAAAUACUAUAGGCAAGAUUACUCACCAGUAUACAAGCUAUUGUGUGUGUGUGUGUGUGAGAGAGAGAGAGAGAGAGAGAGAGAGAGAAACUAAAAGUGGUGAACAUUAUUUAUCUUCCUGCCUCCUAUUUUCCCCUCAACAACAACCACCCCCAUUAGGUGGGUUAUGCUUAGAGAGAUCGACUGGCCCAAAGUCACCCAGCCACCUUUCAUGCCUGGAGGCCGCCUAAAACUCAACAUCUGGUUUCUAAGCCAGCACCUUCACCACUGCAGCACCCACCCUCUCCAUCAUAAGCAUUUAUUAAUACUUUUUGUGGCCAUCGGUGAUUUCCAGAAGCUAUAGAAAACACAGAAAACUGUUGAUUACAUUCUGAUACAACACAAACAAAUCUUAAACCAGUGAUUUAAGUGAUUUUUAAAAACCAGUGGUUUUUAGCUAUACUGACACAUAAUUCUGAAUGUAGUUUUGCAAUGACGUGAAUCAUUCCUGCACUGAGCAGCAGAUCAGACUCAGUAGCUUAAAUUAUCCCUUCAGAUCUAAUUCUACAGCAGCUACACAGAUAGGGCAACUCUGUAUUUGCAUAUUCAUUAUCAAAUAUUUAUAAAGUCCAUCUUUCAUUCAGUGCUUCUCUUUACUAACAGAAAUAGUCAAAUUAUUCCUGAUCUAACAGUGUUUAAAUAAGGCUAAAUAAUGCUGCUAUAUAAGCUUUUCAUGCACUCUUGGAAUACAAUGAAUCUUUGCUUGAACAGACCUUGACUGGUCAAAAUCUGUUGCUAUUUGCAUGACUUCAUUAAACGAAUAACAAUUUA